AUGUCAUAUAAUUUCCUUACAAAUUUAUCGGAUGACUACCUUACGGUCUUAGAAAAUGAAAAAUAUUCAGAUGUUACCAUCAAAGUUGGCAAAGCAGAUAAGUGCAGAGAAUAUAGAGCACAUAAACUUAUUCUUUCAGUUCGUUCAAGGUUCUUUGAAAAAGAAAUUCAAGAACAAUAUAAUAGAAGCACAAUUGUUCUAGAAUAUGAAAAUUUUGACUCUCAAGCGUUUGGAUACAUUUUACGUUAUUUGUAUGUUGGAACGUUUAACUUGGAAUCAAGAGAUAUAAAUUUUAUCUUAAACAUGCUGAUUAUCGCUGAUUUAAUUCAUCUUACAAACCUCGUUAAUGUGCUUCAACGUUAUUUAAUUGAAAAAAGAAAGAGUCAACUAAAUAAUCAAUUUAGUCUGGUUCACAAAGUUAGUUCUAAACAUCAGUCAUUCAAAAGUUUGCAUGAACAUUGCGAUAAAACCUGUCAGAUUACCCCUGAUGUUGUUUUUAAAGCUCUUGAUUUCGUCAACAUUCAUAAAGAUGUUUUGGUAUACCUUCUUGAAAACAAGAAGCUCAAAUUAUAUGAAAUUCAAAAAUGGGAUUAUAUUCUUAGGUGGGGGCUGGCUCAGACUCCUUCAAUUCCUUUCACAAUCUCUUCCCAUGAUUCUUCUUAUGAUACCUCAUUAUGGUUAAGAGAACACUUUAGGGAUUUAUCGGUUACCACUAAACCAAUGAUUAAUUUAAUUGAUCUGAAGCAAAUUUCCAGAAAAGAUUUUUGCGAUAAGGUCAAACCCUUUAAAAAAUUGUUAGAAAAGCACAAUUAUGAUGAUCUUCUUAGUCAUCACUUAAGCGUAGAGGAACCAAAAAUU